CUCCGACACACGGUAUGUGACUUUAGGACAGCAUAUGGUUCAACAAUGAGCAUAACUUCAUGACAAGACUCUAAAAGCAGCAACAUGAAGAGACAAGCACACAGAAGCACGGACAGCACUAGAAGCUAUGACAGAAUCAUCAGCUUUCGAUCUUCAGCUGAUGAUGGCAACCUAAAGGAUCUCUCUCCAGAUGAGAAGGCUUGUCUCACAGCUUUGGAGGAAACCAUCAAAUACAUAGACUCAGAGGACAGUGCUCUGUCCAGUGACAUUGUCGAAUCCUCUGGAAACACGAUUAGUGCAACCCAUCCUGUCACAUGUGGUGUUCAUGAGGACAGGUCUGGAAGGUGUAGCUCACAGGAUCUCUCUGCAGAAGAAAAUGCUUGUAUCAAGCUUUUUGAGAAGACCCUUGAAUCCAUAGAUGAUGUUGAUCUGUCCAGUGAUGGUCCUUCCAAACAAAGAAUAGCUUUUCCCAAGGAGAAAAGAGCUCCUAAAAAAGAAAACCAGACUCAGAAUGUUCUACCAUCAUCUGAUGAUGCAUCCCAUUUAGGGUCCACGCCCUAUGACAGUCUGGAGGAGCUAUACAAGAGUGUGUCUUUAAUAAAAACAUCAAUUGAGAAGAAACCAUAUACCUAUAGUGACCAGAUGUUUUCUAAAAAAACAGAGGACGUUUCAGAAAGGCAUAGCAGUAAGACCAAUCAUCCACUUGUGCCGCCCAAUCCCAAGAUAAGACCUUCCUAUAUGGCUAAUUUUAUUAGUAAACCAUGCACCAAGCCUUAUCCAGAUUCAAAUCAGCAUUGCUUACCCCCUAAAAAUUUUGGUUUGAUAACACCAAACAAGACCAAUCUGGAGUCUUUAAGUCAACUAUGUCUAAUAAAGGAAGAUGAAAUGGCAGAAAACAAACAAGUUUCAGGCGCUUCAUUGCCGAGUUUCUCUUCAGUCCAGCUAGAGCAGGACCAACUAGGAGCGGCUGGGACAAAUUUAGAGAGCAACAUAUCCACGUAUGAGCAAUUAACACUCCAAAAGUUAUCACGUGUUCUAAGCUUAAGCCUACCAAGGGGUCCUGAGACAGAAGGUGAGCGGCAAUGGGCUCUAAGAAAACAGGAUUUUCUUAAAGACUAAUUAUUAACAAACCGUUAACUCCAGAUUACUGGAACCUUUUGUGGACUAUUUGAGAUACAUAACAGACGAAUAGACUAACAUGGAAACUGUAUAAUGUAUACAGUAUAUAUGGUAUAUAAUAUAUAUAUAUAUAUAUAUAUAUAUAUUUAAAAAUAUUGUCAUUUGAUAAUUAACAUUUGGUGAUGUGUCCUGUAGAGAGAAUAAGAACCAUGAAUGUCGCUUGUAGAAGAGCUUGGGACACUUAAGAGUUUGGACACCUGCAGAAGAGCUUGGGACACUUAAGAGCAUUAGACACUUGUAAUAUCACUUGGAACACUUGUAUAAGAUGUUGAAACAUCUCUAGAAGAGCUUGGACACUUGUGGAGGUUUGCACACACUUGUAGAAGGGUAUGGAACACUUGUGGAAGGGUAUGGAACACUUGUAGCGGAUAUUGGAACACUUGUAGAAGACCUUGGAACACUUGUAGAAGACCUUGGCAUACUUGUAAAGGAUUUGGGACAAUUGUAUCUUAAAGAGCUUGGAAACUUUUAGAAAAGCUUGGAACA